UAUACAAACUAUCGAUAGUUCACCACGUUUUAUCGAACGGGGAUUGAUGCCGUAACAACGCGAAAUUAUUAAAAAAUAAUUUUGUAAAAGAAAAACAAAUACCUUGGAGAAUAUGCUGCGCGCAGGCUGUCAAUUGUUCAAUCCGUCCACCGUGGCGGCAGCCAAGACGGGCAGCAACAACUUCGCCUUGGAAUUCGUGCGCUGGCGGCGAAAGCCGCGUUGGCUGCCGGUGGCCAAGAGCAAAGUUUUCCGCGUGCCCGAGCGAAAGAAGCAGUCAGAAGAGGAGCGCACGGAGCUAAUGCGGCUGCACAAUAACUACAAAACCCAGUUGCGCUCUGUGCGGCAAUAUUUGCGGGAGGAAGUGGUGCGGCAGCAGGAGACGUCGACGGCGGAUCACAUAGUAUUCACGCCCGAGCAGGAGGAAGCAGAGUUCCAGCGAUGCCUCGAAGUGAAUGCCGCAUGGAAUGCCCAGAUUGCUAAGGAGCGCGAAGUCCGCUUGGCCAAGGAACGGGAAGAGAAGGUUGCCUACAUCCAGGAACGCAUUGAAGCGGGUAAACUACGUGCUGAGGAGCAACGCGAGCGUGCCGAUCAGCGCAUACGCCGCGAAAUCGAGCAAUCCAAGACGUUCAUCACACGUGAUAAUCUGGAUGCGGCCAUUGAAACGGCACUGGCCAAUCCCGUGGAUCACAACUAUGCACUCGAUCUGGAGGGCAACAUGCUUAGGGGGCGUAGUACGCAAUCGCUAACUAGCUAAGACUAGAUAUUUCUUAUAUUAAAAAAUAAAGAGUACUUGUAAUCAAUGCAGUUAAAUAACUUAGACUUAGGCGGCCUAUUUACAGA